AUGAUACGUUUAGCUGCUACUGAAGUGGAGGAAAACUUUGAACGAUUGAAAAUCAGCACUUUAGUGGUAGGAAGUUCAGGCCAUUCUCCUACUUCCCGGACUGUUCCAAAUGCAAAGAACUUUAAAAUCUCAACUGGAUUUUUGCAUUUCCAAGUCACGCUCCAUGUUUGCGAUUCCGAGCCUGGGUCUGACCCAAAUCUGACGGUUCAUAGUUUCCCACUGCAAGAGCUGGGGAAACAGCGAUCUACCUUUCGUGUUAAACCAGGCUUCAGCAGCGCCGCUCACCUGGCCACGUCUGCCCUGUUCAUCGCUGUACCCGCAGAUACCCGGCUCCGUGCCACGCACGGAUGGUCAGGGGUAUGGGACAAAGAAGCGGCUCUACAUCGGGCGGCUUCUGAGAGUCUCCGGGACCGCACCACUUGCAGUGGGGAAGAAGCACGGUCCCGGCCGGCGUCGGUGACCCGAGCUCCGGCCGCGCCUCCCUCCGCGUCCCGGCCCACUCGCGGUGGCACUCGGCAACGAAGCCGGAAACCUCUACUGCCCGUUCAAGCAAAAACAAUGGCCGAGCCGGAAGCGAGAGAGGCCUCGACUUCCGGCCCCUCCGGGAUCCCGGAAGUCUCUUUUGCGGAGGUGGGCGCGCGCGUCCCCUCACCCGGGAGAGAUGGCAGGGCCUUCUUCCCGGCAGUGCCCGGCCACCUGCCGCAGGGCGGGGGCGCGGACUCGCCAGGGCUCAGGCCCCUCACAUUCCGCUCUCAGGCCCUAGUCGGGAGACCCAGAUGCGCCCCAGCUCUGCCCUAUCUCCUCCAGGUGACUUGGAAGUUGGGAAACAUACCCAACUUCCAAGCCUGUUUUCUCAUCUGAAAAAUUGCAGAGCAUAGCGCGUACCUCACAGGGCUGGGAGCACCCAAUGAGGUUUCUUCCUGCCAAUGGUGUGCCAGGACCUGUUAUGAAAGCAGGGAGCGUCAGUGGUGAUCACCAAACAUAGCCUCGGGGGUGACUUGGUGAAAAGAAGGGUUUUCUGGAUGUUGGGGUCUCAGGGACUCCCUCAGGGAGCUGAUCUCAGGUGCCCAAAGGAUACUGUGGAUGGAGGGAUCAGCUGCCAACUACUCUCCUGAUGGAAGUACCAAGUGCAUUGGCCCAAGUCUGGAGUGCUGUCCAAUAGCCCACUGUCCAGCCCCUGGCCUUACCAUUGCUCAGAAAGAAUGAGAAAUGAACCAGAAGUCAGCAGCACCCUCCUUUCUCCAGCUUGCCCCUUGGGUGGGCAUCAGCUCAUCCAGAUAAUUUGAUUUGGCAGAUACCAUGUAUAUUUAUAUCAUUUCUUUGCCACCUAAGUUGUACUUAUUAUUGUAGA